AUGCAGAAAUAUGGUCUUAAGGAUUGGUCAAUUUGUGGAGUAGGCCUGCUGGACUCGGAUAUUAUUAUGCGCGAUGCCUUAAGCAGUCAAGACUAUUUGUACACCUUGAUGGAACGGGGAAUUGAGAAAACUACUACUCAGGUAAUUGGCUCUAUCACUUCUUAUAUGUAUGCUCCUGAAAACCCCGCAGCAGUGAUCGAGAAAAUGGCAAGUGAAGACACACGAAUUGUAUCUCUUACCGUUACUGAGAGUGGUUACUAUUAUAGUGAGGCAACAUCUUCUCUUCAAACAGAUGAUCCUGCGGUCAUUAAUGAUUUGAAGAGUUCUGACACUCCUAGAACCAUAUAUGGGUAUUUAUACGAAGCUUUAUUGAUUCGUUACAAACAAGGACGUGGUCCUUUCACCGUAAUGUCUUGUGACAAUAUGCCAGAAAACGGUAAAACAUUGAAAUCCAUGUUGAUUGCAUUUGCAAAAUUGAAGAAUUCAGAGUUUGCAGAUUGGAUUGAUAAGAAGGUUGCAGCUCCUAAUGCUAUGGUGGACCGUGUGACUCCAAAAACGACAGAUGAAGAUCGUUCUUACUUAGCCACAGUUCUGGGCGUUGAAGAUAAAUGUCCGGUUGUUUGUGAACCAUUUAUUCAGUGGGUUCUCGAGGACAACUUUUCUGAAGGUCGUCCGAACUGGGAAGACGCUGGAGUCGAGAUUGUGUCUGAUGUGGGGCUUUAUGAAUUGAUGAAGUUACGUUUGCUUAACGGUGCACACUCCGAAAUGGGUUACUUGGGUUACCUGGCAGGAUACGAGUACAUUCACGAGGUUGUCACCGAUCCUUUAAUUAACAAGUAUAUUCGUACCAUGAACCACGAAGAAGUCAUACCUUUACUUCCAAAAAUUGAUGGCGUGGACUUUGAAGAGUACUCUCUCUCCGUUUUGAAAAGAUUUGCUAAUCCUGCAAUUAAGGAUCAAGUUUCACGUAUUUGCUUGAUGGGAUCCGGCAAAAUGCCAAAGUAUGUUUUACCCUCCAUUUCAGAGCAGCUUUCGAGGCCUAAUGGCAAAUAUGACCUUUUGACCCUAGGUGUUGCCGGCUGGUUCCGUUACUUGACCGGUAUUGACAUGAAGGGAAAUGAAUUUACGAUCGAGGACGUCAUGGCACCAAAGCUUAUUCAAGCAGCUAGGGAAGGUGGUCGUGAUCCUCAUCCUCUUCUAAAUAUAAAAGUACUAUUUGGAUCUGAUUUGAGGGAAAACGCUGAGUUUGUUAAAAAGUUGACUCUGGCCUUGGAACUUGUCUCUGACUCGGGUCCCUUAGAAGCCAUUCGAAAGUACAUAAUCGACUAUGAAAAUUAA